AUGGACGUUGUUCAGCCACAUUUAACUGUGAGGACGUCCUUCAUCUUAAUACUUCUGAGCCUGCUCCAAAUGUCCAGCGGGAACUACUGUUCUGCUCCUAUGCCUGUGCUAUUUGCAGAAAACAACAAAGUGGAUGAUGUUGUGACAACGAUAACUGUGCAACCAGGGGUCACCCUGGCGCUCAGGCCCCCCUCCAACAACCUAUUCAAGCUCAGAGGAAACCAGCUGUUAGCUGCAAUGGUGUUUGACUAUGAGACUGAGAAAAGACAAACAGCACUGAUCACCUGCACUGUGACAGCUUCAGGCAUUGAGAGGUGCUUGAGGAGAAUCCCCUGGGAUGUAGAGUUCAUGGCGGUUGCCCAGGUUCUAGAGGUUCAGGAGAAACUCAACAUUUUGGUACUUCUGGAAAAUAUGAAUGAUAACGCUCCAGUCUUUGACCAAAGCCUCUACCGAGUCAAUGUCAGUGAGAUGUCCCCUGUAGGAACAACAGUUGGUCAUUUUGCUGCCACAGACCUAGACCAACACAACCAGCUCUUCUACACUCUGACAUCUGAAUCUCAAAACAGCUUUGAACUGAAGUCACCCACCACCCCAGACCUCGUCAUCAAGUCGCCUCUCGACUAUGAUACAGUCAAAAAUGAAAAAUUGGUGUUGUGCGCUCAGGACACACCAUUGACAACAUCAGAUAACAGAACCUCUUUCACUGCCACCUCCACCAUCAUGGUCACCAUCUUAGAUGCGGACAACAGGCCACCGUGGUUCCAGCCAUGCACCAAGCACGAGAUAGGGGCAGCUGUGAUCUGCCAGAGUGCUGGAUACACUGGCAGUGUUAUCAUAAAUGAACAAGAGAACGGAGUAUUACCGCUGAAACCAGGACCACUCUAUGCCAUUGAUGGAGACACCGGGAUAAAUGAGGAGAUGACAUACUCAUUUCUUAGUGGAAACGAAGAGAAUCUGUUUAAGAUCAACGCAAACACAGGGAACAUCACCAUGUUGAAGCCGGCCAAAGCUUUGGAUACAAUCAAUCUGAUUGUGCUGGCUGCCCAGAGCAAGAACGGUAAUCAGGUUGCCACCACCACUGUCAGUGUUCAGGUGAAGAGCCACCACCAUCCACAGUUUCAGAAGCCUCUGUACGAGGGGGUCGUCAGUUCAGUGGGCUCCAUGGCCAUGGACGGGGAUAAGCCGCUGUACAUCCACGCUACAGAUGAAGACUACAAUGGGAAUCCAAAUCCUAACAUCGUGUACACCAUUAAUGGGAGCAGUGAUUUCUCUAUCAUUAGCGGCUAUUUAUUCAUGACUAAGGAUCUCCAAGCCACCACAUUAUCCCUACAAGUGGUCGCAACAGACGAGUCAAACGAUCAAUUUGAUACAGCUCAGCUCAAUGUGCAGGUGAAAUCAGGUCUCACCACCACCAGUUUCCCUUUGAGCACCACAAACAUUAUGACCACAACGCCCAUAGGGGAAUCCACCACCUCCAGCAAGACCACUGAGGAUGUUGUGUCCACCACCAAACCAAAUGUGACCACUGACAGCAGCAUCUCAACUACCAUCCCCAGUACCAGUGCAAGCAUAAUCUCCACCACACACCCUAGUAUUUCCACUGCCACCGAAGGCAGCGUUUCAACCACUAAAGCCAGUAUGACCACUGAAGGAAGCGUUUCAACCACUAAAGCCAGUAUGACCACUGAAGGAAGCGUUUCAACCACUAAAGCCAGUAUGACCACUGAAGGAAGCGUCUCCACUGCCAGCACAGCUCAUCCUCCCACAGUGCAGGACUUGAUUUCACGUUCUGAUUUUAUCAUAGUGAGCACAGGCAGCUAUGGGCAGGAGGACAUGAUAGCCCUCGGUGUGACACUGGGUGUCCUGCUGCUUGUCUGUCUGGUGGUCAUUGGUGUGCUCAGCCAUCGCAUGAGGAAAGGCAAAGCAGACUGGAAGAAGAUCUACGAAGUCAGCGUGUUUCGAAGCUCUCUGGGUCAAAGUUCAGGUGGUCUGAAGAAGGGUGUCCAAUACACCAAUGAGGCCUUCCAGAACGAUGAAGAUGGAGGAAGCACAGGCUCUAGUGGCCCACAAGGGGGAGUGAGCACGGAGGCCAUUGUUAGGUCUUCACUGCCACUGCACGCCCUCCUGCCAGAUGAUACCAAUGAGGCGGGCUUAGACACGGCCGAAAAUGAGAAGGUGAAACCCAUCCUGACCAAGGAGAGGCGCAUUGAGGAGGGAUACAAGGCAGUUUGGUUUAAGGAGGACAUCGACCCCAAUGCCAAGGAGGAGGUGGUGAUUAUCCCAGACAGAAGAGAGGAUGACAGUGAUGAGGAAGACGAACCUGACAACAAAACCCCAAAAGUCAAUUUUGAUGACACAGAUCUGGACAGCGGACUUGGGGUAAAGAUGGGGGAUCGGCCAGAUGACUCAGAUGAUGAUGAAGCAAUGACCUCUGAUCUGUGAGAGGAGACGGAUGACAGGGACGUAGCAGGAACCGCCUAUAAUAAAAAUAUGAUGAUUCAUCAGCUGCUAACGCCCUUAUCACUAAUGACAGAGGACCAUAGAAAUAGAAUCCGGACUGUAGACACCUUAUGUGGAGAGAUAAAGAAGCUUAGUAAUGUCUCAGAGUUCUUAAUUUAUGUCUUAAGUUUCAAAGUAAAUUGAACCUUAUCCAGCCUUAAUUUUUUUGUAUAAAUACUUAAUUAAUUGA